AUGAAAUCAAACCCCGAGAAAGGCCACGCGACCGGCGCGAUGGCAGAUCCCGCUGAUGUGCAACUCCUGGCGCGUAUGGGGUAUAAACAGGAACUUCGGCGCCAUUAUUCGACGACUCAGGUGUUUGCGAUCGCCUUCAGUGUGAUGGGCAUUUUGCCUUCGAUCGCGUCGUCACUCUCCUUUUCCCUUCCUGCCGGUCCGGUUGGGAUGGUUUGGGGAUGGUUCACAGCCAGUGUAUUCAUAAUGUUGGUUGGAUUGGCGAUGGCUGAUCUCGCGUCUGCUCUGCCAACUGCUGGGGGAUUAUAUUGGUGGACACAUUACUUCGCUGGAGAGAAAUGGAAAGGGCCAUUGAGCUUCCUGAUCGGGUAUAGUAAUACACUGGGUCUCAUCGGUGGCAUAUGCUCAGUGGACUACACCCUCGCGCUGAUGAUUCUCUCAUGCGUGUCCAUCUCACGCGGCGAUGGAUGGUCUGCCUCAAACGGUGUACUCUAUGGCGUAUUUGUUGGGGCAGUUCUCUUACAUGGGCUCUGCGCUUCACUCGGCGGCCGCAUCAUGCCCAUGAUUCAGACCUUCUGCAUCUAUAUCAAUGUGGCUAUCAUUAUCGCGACAGUGAUUGCACUGCCGGUUGGAAAGGUGACGCGCGGCGGGUCACUCAACACGGCUCAUUUCGUGUAUGGUCACAUCGACAACAAAGCAACCUGGCCGACUGGAUGGGUAUUUAUGCUUGCUUGGCUCGCUCCGAUCUGGUCGAUUGGCUCGUUCGACUCUUGCGUGCACAUGAGCGAAGAGGCUCUACACGCCGCCAGGGCCGUUCCUCUCGGAAUAAUCUGGUCGGCCGGCUCUGCAUUCGUGCUGGGCUUCUUGGUGUUGUCCGUUAUUGCUGCCACUAUGGACCCCGAUGUUAGCGCUACUCUUGGCACGAAGUUUGGACAGCCAAUGGCUCAAAUCUAUUACGAUGCACUAGGCAGAGAGGGUGCUUUGGCUUUUAUGGCUGUACUGUGCUUCAUUCAGUUCUUGAUUGGCCUGGGUCUGACCGUCGCCGCUUCACGUCAGGCGUGGGCCUUCUCCCGCGACGGUGCGCUGCCCUUCUCUGGGUUCUUCCGCCACGUGAGUAAACGAAUUCAGUAUCAGCCAGUUCGUAUGAUUGGCGGAAUAGUCGUCGUGUCGAUUAUCUUGGGCCUACUUUGUUUGAUUGACUCCGCCGCAGCCAACGCUCUUUUCUCGUUGUUUGUCGCGAGCAACUAUCUUUCAUGGGGCACACCAAUCUUCUGUCGCUUAGUCUGGGGUCAAUCCCGGUUCCAACCAGGCGAGUUCUAUACAGGUCGUUUCAGCAAGCCUAUUGCCACGGUGGCUGUUGUAUAUCUUCUUUUCGGUGUCGUUUUAUCCAUGUUCCCGACUGAAGGCCCUAGUCCAACUUCAUCAAACAUGAACUAUACCAUAGUUAUCAAUGGGUUUGUUUGGGCGGGGUGUAUAGCUUAUUACUACUUCUGUGCACGCCGCUGGUAUACUGGACCACAGAUGACUAUCAACGAUAGUGCUUCCAUUAUUUCUGACAGUAUAAUGGCUCACCCGAUAUCUCAGGGGAUCCAUCCUGGAGGACCAGCCCCAGUUGGCCACAAGGACGAGUAG